UUGUUUUGGUGUUGUUGUGUGCGGCGCGUCGUCUAUUAACCGGUAACAAGUAUUACAAUUGACAACAAUGGGCAAAAACAAACGCAAUAAUAAACAACAGCAGCAUAAAAGCACGCAGCCAACAGCGACAGCAACUGGCAGCAAUAACAACAGCAACAAUAACAAGAGCAAUAAUGGCAUACGCAUACCCAAAGUGGUUGAAAAGGAUCGCAGGGUAUUAAAUCUGCUGGCACAACGUGCAUUGGAUAUAUUGCAAAAGAUGCCAGCGAAUGCCAACGAGGAAUGGAAGAGUUUUGUCGAGGUCCACGAAAUAUUGGAAACGAUCAUGCAACAUGAGAAACCGCUGCAGAGACUCGUCUUCCCGCCCGACAACAGCAAUGUUAACGAUAACAGACGUCUGGCCAAAAUGGCUGCCUUUAAUGAAUGGUCUGUUGCCGGCGGCGUUCAAAGCGAUGCUGUUGAGAUUGCCAUAUUCCCCGGAUACGGGCUGGGAUUGCGUGCCACACGUGACAUUGAGGCGGGGGAACAGGUGUUGAGUGUGCCCCGUAAAUUGAUGUUCUCCGAGGAGCAAUUAACGGAAGCGGAGCGUAACAUGUACAGCAGUUUACCGCAAUUGACCAAUUUGAAUUUGGCCUAUGCUCUGGUUAUUGAGAAGAUGCGGGGAGUAGCGAGUUCUUGGUAUCCCUAUAUUAAUACGCUGCCCUCGCGCUACAAUACCGUACUCUAUUUCACCGUGGAGCAGAUGCAACGACUGCGUGGCACCUCCGUCUGUUCGGCUGCACUGCGUCAGUGUCGUGUCGUGGCCAGACAAUAUGUCACCAUGUACAACUGCGCCUACAUGCAGCCCAAGAACAGCGUCUACAACUCGGUGGCAACUCUCUUUACUCAGCACGCUCUCUGCUAUGAGCUCUAUAGAUGGGCGGUAUCCACGGUGAUGACGCGUCAGAAUCUGGUGCCAACGGAAAUGCAGCCAACUGAGAAUAUAUCGGCAUUGAUACCCUACUGGGAAAUGGCCAAUAAUCGCAAUGGCAAGAUAACCUCAUUCUAUGACAGCGAGACACGAGGAAUGUCCUGUACCGCCCAGGAGGCGUGUAAGGCGGGUGAUCAGUUCUUUAUCUACUAUGGCGAUCGUUCCAAUGCCGAUUCCUUGGUACACAGUGGAUUUGUUGAUACCAACAAUCCAAAGAACUAUGUGGAGCUACGUUUGGGCCUGAGUCUGACGGAUGCGUUGAGCAGUCAACGUGCUCUGCUUUUGGCACAGCUGAAUAUACAGAGUAUGCGGGUGCUGCCCGCGCCGGAGUACAUAUCCGGUGAGCUGUUGGCAUUUGUACGGGUGUUCAACAUGAGCGGCGAUCAGUUGCAACAUUGGUGCAGCAAUUUGGAGCGUGCUGUCGAUUUGUUGCACAUUGAUUGUGCCCUCGAAACGGACCUGGAGACACGCACCUGGCAGUACUUGUAUCAACGUCUUAAGCUGCUGAUUGGCGUCUUGGAGUCGACGUUGCAUGAGGCAGAUGAAGUGCAACAGCUCGAGGCGUUGCAACUGCAGGAGCAGGAAAAGGAGCAGGAGAAUGAGGCUGAUGCUAAACUAGAAAUUGAUACGAUGCUGUUGCAGUAUCGUCAACUCGAGCGUCGUAUACUCAACGACGCUUUGCUCUACGCACAGGAGCGCUUGAAGGUCUAAACAGGCGCCCAACUGAUGCAAGAAGACGAUAACUCAAGUGGCCAUUUCAACUGCAAACAAAUAACCACUCAACAUGCACUAUA